AUGCGCACGGGCAGCUACGCAGACUUUAAGCGCCACCAGCUCGUGUAUGGGUCUGACUCGAGACGGGAGUUCGUGCCGAUACCGCUACCACCUAGUCUGUGUCGAGACCAAACAGAGGCCGUCGCGCUCGAGAAGAUGCUUGCCGCCGAGCGGGCUGAGGCCAAGGCCGCGGCGCAUGCCCGCCACCAGCAAGCGGCGAUCGCAGUGGAAGCGCGACUGCUUCGGCGCCGCGCUGCCCUCGGCGUCCUCCAGCGGUGGUGUCGACGAUGGUUGCACGCCUUGCAUGCGCGCCAGUGUCGCAUGGCCGCCCGCAUCGCGCGCUGGUACCGCCAAGAAGCCUCCCGCCGCCGCGCCGCGCUGCAUGAGCUGUGCCUGCGCUUGGAGGCCAUGCGAGGCAGCUACAGCGCACCUGGUAGCCGCAAAGUUGAAGCGCGCGUGUGGCCGGCGGCGGCUGAGCGCACCUUGACGUUGCAGGUGCUUUCACUGCGUCACCUGGUGUCGCCGAUCCCGCCCUUGGCCUGUCUGCACAGCUCCAUGCAUGUCGAGAUGCAGCUGCUCCAUAAAAGCACGGGCGAGCGCACGAGCUACAGCAUGCAUCCCGUCAUGUACUCCGAGUCGACCGUCGAGUGGAGUUGUGAGAACGCGGUGGUCGUUGUCGCCGACGACAUCAACGACUGGGUCGGGUCGGUCAAGGUGCUGCACGUGACGCUCGAUGGCCCACCGCGCACCAUUGGCCACGUCCAAGUCCCCGUCGACUUGCUCAACAGCCCGCUCGCCACGUCCCUCCAUUGCCUCCGGCGCUGGUUUCCGCUGGAGAAAAUGGCGCCCAAGGACUUGGUGCGCGGCGAAGUGCGUAUCGAGCUAACGUACGCCGCACCGGUUUCGAGUCCCGAGCCGUCGCCCUUGGCGGUGCCCAAGAAGCCGGUGAAACCCAAGUCGCCGACGCGGAAAGUGAGGCGAAUACCGCCGACGUCCCCUCCACUGCGCAGUCCGCUCAAAGGGACGCGGGUCGUCGACGCGCCUCCGCCACCGGACGUGGGAGGAGCAAGCAUGCCGCCCCCCGCGCCUCGUGCCAAGCAGCCGUACCUCAAGCGCAAGCCGUACAAGGUCCAGUUUGAGCAGCUCGACUGGUCCAACGUCGGCGCGAAAACCAACAGCAACUUGGCCAAACCCAAACGCACCAAGCCAGCACACACUGAGAAGCCGUCCAACAACUGCGCGCCGGGUCUGAACCUGGAGCUCCAGAGCUUAGCGACGACGUCGGCCGUGAACCCGUCCAACAUGAAGCUGGAGCUGAUGCAGCUCAAGCAAAAGACCGAGCUGCAGACGAUCUUCCAUCUGGUGCCGUCCAAGAAGGCUCCCGGACGCAUCCCAACACUGUCCAAGAGCCAGAUCCAGCAGGUGCAGGGCCUUCCCACUGCUCAGUAUGCAGCGCUUGUUGCGACGCUCGACCGUGACUACGGGCAGCUCAAGCAGCAAUGGCAGGAUAACAUGGCCAAGCUCUAG